CCAAACAUGUUCCCACAAGAUUUUAUGCUAAGUCCUUAUGACCCUAUAUACGGGUAUGGGUAUCCUCCAAUGCCAAUAUACGACCCCAAAAGUAUCAAGGUUGUGUGCAACCUUGACGAUGUACUCAGCAAGGCUUAUUACUCGAGAAAUCAUAUGAUAAAUGACGUCAGGAACAUUGCCAGGAUUUAUGGAUUUAAUAUUUGCAUUCCAAGAGGUGAUAUCAAGUAUAAAGGAGGCUCACAGCAAGUAGUACUCUACUGUGAUAGAUACGGUAAAAGAAGGAGGAAAAGUAAGGACUGUAAGACCAGAGGGACUAAGAAAACAGGGUGUCAGUGGAAGAUCAAGUUUCAGAAACAAUCUAAUGGUGAUAAGUUUGUACUCAUUCCUUCAAAGAGCUGUUUCCAUAACCAUAGGCUAGAGCCGAAGACUGGCACUAAAGUUCCAGAUAUUCAUGAUAUUUAUAAGGAGAUCGAUGAAGCAAAGAGUUAUAUUUCAGAAAGCGAAAGUGCUAGACCUGACAAAAUUGAUGAUACUUAUAAUAUGCUCGAAGAGACAUUUCCUGGAUUCUCUGAUUCUGAAGGUAAGAUUGAUGAAUUGAUCAAGCAAGAGACUAUCUAAUUUCAAUAAAUUACUGUAUAGGC